GUUUGUGGUCAACAUGGCUGCACUCGUCGGGCUCGGUCGUCUCGGUAAAAGAGAAUCUGUUUUCUGCCAUCCGCGUGUGCUUAUCGUCCUUAUCUAUCAUGAGGUCCCGCCCAGCCUAGUUGCCCUUCGUUAUGAAUAUUGAGGACACACCGACACUCUUUGUCAUUGAGUAGCUCUCUCAUAAGCCCGAACAACGCGGUCCGAGCCCUCCUCUGAUACAAAUAAGUAGUCCUCAAAAGUUUCGUAGGUUCGUCUCGAUCUCGCGCGGCUUUGAACCACAUAUUUUCUACGGAAGAGCAACAACAUGGUUCUUUCCUCGUGGGCCACGUCAUUGUGGGCAUUUGCUCCUCAAGCUGAACAUGAUCGUUUUGAUGUGCAUGACUGGGCACGUAAUGUAGUGGGUGUGGAUCCACCCGAGGGAAUUGCACAGGCAGUCCUCGCGACUGGCUUUAGCAGGCAUCAUGCGGCGAAGAUAUCUUUUCUUCAGCAUAAGCAGGGCUUUAGAGUAAAUGAUCAAUCAGUUGAACUCAGCCACACGACUAGGCUCUUUGCAAGAAAAAGAAGCGCACGCGCUUACACGACGUUUCUGAGCACUCCUGUGCUGGGCGAGCAUCCGGUAGAAGAUCUUGGUGCGGUUAGAUCAGGCGCGAGGAUUACGACUACGCGACGUGGAAAGCUUGCACAACUUCUAGCUCAAGGACGACGAGCAUCGAAGACAUCAUCAUUUCUAUCCACAUCCUUCGCAGACAGUCCGCCAGAGAUGUUGUUCGAGGGUCCCGCCGAUUUACCACCAGCGGCUCCAGCCAAACCCGCUUUCCCACCACCUGGCGCAGUCCCGAAACCAAACAAGUUUUUACCUCUGCACCCCAUCAUUCCGCCAAUUCCACGCAUGCCGAAGUUGGAUUUGCCGGAUUUGAAAUUGCCAAAGAUCACGAUGCCUAAGAUCCAAAUGCCAGGCUUUCCUCGGAACCUCAAGAUCCCCAAGAUGCCACCACUUCCGGGCUUGUGCGACUAUUUCCCUGGGGGAAAAUGUCCGGAUUUCAACAUGUUCAAGGUCUUAGGAAUGACUCUACCUGACAUCCCUGGUGUACCAGAUAUGAAGUUCCCGGAGAUCUUUCAGGCGAUUCUGACGGCGAUUUUCUUAUUGUCGAUGGUCCAAUUAGCGAAGAGGAGACCGAGUGGAGGCCAACCGGGAAGUCGUGAAAGCGAUUUGCAGAUAUUGACAGACUCGAAAACAAGAGGGAUUAGACGGACCGACUUGAAUAACGAUGCUUUGUUUGCCUGUGCUAGGGGACAACGGCGGUCGAUGUCAGUACUGUCGGGGACGACAGCGGACAAGCUGCCGAGGGGGAAGUACUACUCACAACUUAUACUUUUUAGAAGAUGCUGAGAUUCCUUAUGUUCAGCAUCAUUGAUAUUCUAUAGAUGGUGAGUGUAACUCCGCCAAUCUCUUCUAUCUCAAUCUCAAUGCACCUUUUCAGAUAAAAGUAAUGCUACUAGAGGGUAUAGAGCGUCCGUUUUAAUAAAUAUGAUAUACAUAUAUCAUACUUCCACCUUACCAAACUGUCAAACCAAAAAUCACUUCUAGCACACUCGCCGACCCUGGUAAAGGUCGUGGCGGCCUCCUCGGUAAAAUUCGUGAAGAGGCCAAUCUAGCAAACUUACAUGUCGCGUAUCCGAAGCUUCCCGGAUUUUCAGGAGGGUCCGGCGACCCUUCUCUGAAAGCGCUAGGACAACAUCCGAUGAUCGAGUUUGAAGAACCACAGGAUGUGGUGCAUGUGCGGUUAGAGGAUCUCAUUAAGGCUGACCGUAAUUCAUCUUGAUGGUUUUAGGCAGCACCUUUAGCCGCUCCUUCCUUGGGGGAAAAGCCUGCCAAAAAUGCACUUCAAGAUGAAUAUCGGCAAUUUCUAACCUCAAUUCACCUGACGGCCCCGGUGACGCGCCUCGAGUUCAUUGGGAUGCUGUGUAUCACUUAAGACAUUCGAGGUUGUUAGGGAGUUUUACUCCUGCAGUUGGCGGAACGAGGAUGGACUUCGGAACUUUGUGUCCUUCUGUUGACGACUUACCGCAUAGAUAUCGAUUAGAGGCCACAAACAGCAAGGAUGAAAUAGUGGGAAGCGCAAUUUAUCACACGUAUUAUCCUCAUCAUGAUCCGGAUGCCGGGAGGCAGAUGGGUAUGGGGGCUAUGGGGGGUAGCACUUCGGAAGUCUUUUUGCAGACUGCGAAAUGGUGAAGUAGGGUUCCUGCCGUACAGACAUUUAGAUUUAGGUGAAGAACGAUUCCAUUUCCAAGAAAAAGAAUCCUCUGAAUGAGGUAGAUGGAAAAUCUUCCUUGCGAACAGUUCAACGACUGUUCAAACAACACAGUCCUGACAAAUGCGCAGC